AUGGAUUCGGACAAGGGAAGGAGGUUAACAAGGUCUGAUAUUGGUGCCGCCCUAUACGUCGAUCGACCUGCACCAGAAAACGGCAACAGUGGAGGCAAUGGCAGCUGGCCGUUCAACGGCAUAGACGCCGUGAUGAAACGUCUAUGUCAACGGCCGACGAGUGGGAAGCGACGUCGAAGCGCCCGUCGGCGAUGUGAUGAGCGGCCAAUCGCAUCAAAGGUUCCACGUGACCAACACCAGGAUUCCGCUCUUGCUUGGGAGGGUUUAUCGGCAGCACACAACAAGGGGGAGAUCUUGGUUGUCGGUUCUUUAUCUUACAUGGCUUGA